GCCGCGGAUCGCUCACGAAAUCGGGAUACUUUUACUUGAGAAAAUCGUCGGUGAACAUUUCCUGGAAAAAAAAGUUCGUAGUUUUUCACCCCUGAUACGAAAGUCUUUUUUUUUUCGGUUGUAAUUUUCAAUUUGAAAAAAUUGUGCUUAUGUAAAUAAGGCACUGUUACAUAAAGAUUUUUUUUUGAAAAUGUGCGUCACUUAGUGAACUUUAUAUUUAAAAAGUGUAUUUUGUGAAGCGAAUUGUUCAAGAAACUCAGUCACAUCAUCAAAUUCCUCCUAGGACAAUUCCGAAAAUGUUCUCAUCAAUUUUAACCGCUUACCUAGUGGUAAGUUUAUACCUACUGACUCAAAUUAACGCAGCCCCCUCGACAAACCUAAAAAACAUGUUACACUCGAAACAAGAAUUCGAAAAAGCCUUGGACAACUUCCUCAACGACUAUUACGAGGAAAUUUUAGAGCAGAGUCGUUCGAAAAAAUCCAAACAAUCCGAUGACGAUGAAGCAGUUGAGAAGAAAUCUGAAGACAGCGUGGACGUUUACGAUCAGAUGCAAGGAGAUCAAGCUGUGAGUGAUGAAAGCGUUGUCCUGAACUAUAAUGGUAGUAACAGGAAUAUGAGCGAUGAUGUUAUCAAGACUAGGGAUAGAUAUAAACGUGAGGUCGAUGGAAGAUUACGAAAGGAAAAUUGGAAGGAAUAUUUGAAAUCGCACAUUUUGGGUCAACUGAGAGUCAACAGUUCCAACACCUUCACCAAACCGCCAGAGGAUCCAACAAUGACCGAUUUCAAUAUCACCCAAAUUAUACCGCAACUUUUUAAUUCGACCACGUUGGACGAUGAUUUGAUUACUGAAAAAAUUAGAAGCUUUUAUCCUUCUUGCGAUCCUCCACCAAACCAAGAGCAAGACCAAUGGAAGGAUUCAGAAGAUAUCAUGAACUUAUUUUUCGAUUUCGAUUACACAGACAAUAGAAAUAGCAAUAUUGCCACAGCAACGUUACGUCUUUACAGACUUCCGCAAAACAGCAGCGCUAAAAUGGAAACAGUCGACGACUGUAAACCAUCGGACAGUAUAGAAGAAGAAAAAUUGUUGCGGGUAUCUGUUUACUGGUACACAAAGUUUCAGAAAAAACGUAGAGUUAAACGUCGUUUGUCCGAUAGUAAAGUGGUUCCAGAAACGUCUCGUUGGGUCGAAUUGAGUGUCAAACCAGCCACAAAAGCAUGGAAUAAAAUUGGUACUAGAAACUUAGGCCUCGGCAUUUUGGUCGAAGAUCAAGAAGGCAAAGCUCUGAGGGCGGACAAAUACUUCAAAGGAGCCUCAUGCACGGUUGGCGUUUCCACUCCCAAGCCAAUUCCAACCAUCGUCAGAGAUACUUCCACAAUACAAGCAGACGAACUUGACCGAAUUCAUAGCCUAUUUGGAAGAAAUUCAACGUCAACCGUUUAUAGUGACGUACUACUGCUACCAACCAUAGACAUAUGUUACCUAGAAUUCCCCGAGAACACCGACAUCACCCAUUUCGACAGCGCGCGCAUCAACGCUUGCAACCUGCGCAAAAUUCACGAGGAAAAUCAACGAUUGGCCGAAAGGGAACGCGUAGAACGAUUGGCCACGUGGCAUUUCGCUAGUAGUCCGCGACACAUCCGACACCAGCGUCAACACCGUCAAAGCAAAAUGAACGAUUUAAAAGUUGAAGAUUUGAACAUUGAUAACGGACGACAAAUGUCGGAAUUAGAACGGAAUCUGAGAAGUAGCAUAAGCAAUAAGCAAAUAGUUUUUACGAGAGAGGAGCUGGAAGAGUUUCAGAGGAAUAGAGGGUUGAAACGGUAAAAUUAUUUUCAAGUAGAGUAGUAGGUAGUUUUAAAAUAGUACGUUAUGUUUUUAAUUUGGAAGUUUAAGCCGAUGAAAUUUUAGUUAUUUAAAUUGACGAAUGCGUGUACCUCACUACUACAUGCCAAUAAUCCAAUAAGUCUUUUGUAAUAAGGAUAGAAUUAUAAACUUCUAAAUUUAUUUUUGUUUAGGAAAAAUAUGCUUGAUUUUAUUUUAUCAUACAAAACAAAGACUGUAUUAGAAAUAGAUUAGAAAGUAUUAAAGCAUCUAGUAUUAUAUUUUUAUCUGUUAUUAUUAGAAAAUGAAUGAAAUAUUCAGAUUUUAGAUACAUACAAAAAACGUCAUAGAUCAUUAAAAAUUCUUGCCUUUUUGAUACUUAUACCUACUUAUAUUGGAUCAUGGUGUUCUUUCUUGCCAGCAUAGAUUACCUCUAUCGACUAUUGACUAUUAAUAUCAGUUAAGAUACUAACUGUGAAAUUAAUUUAAUUUAAUAUAGUAGGUAUAUUGCCCAACUUUAGUUUUCAAUAAUAGAAUCUUUUAGACAUAUCUCAUACCUAUUGCACAAUACGGACAAGUUACGAAUUUGUUAUUUAUUUAAAUGUAAAUAUGUAAUUCGUCUAUAUUUUCGUGUAUAUAUACAAGUAUUAAUAGGAUUUUAAAACAUUAUAUUAUAUUUAUCUAGGAAACUAUAGACGCUUUUGGAAAAAACUAAAACUAGUAAAUUAUUGACUUGGAAAUAUAGUUUUCACAUUUAGAUUAUUUCUCCUUAAAAUGCUUAAAAUAGAUAUUUAACGAAAUAAUAUUGUUCUUAUAGGCAAUAUCUGUCGUUAUAUUUUAGGUCCAUAUUCUCGAUACCUAGAUAUUUUCAAUUCUAGUUAACUGUACUAGUAACUUAUAAAUUAAAUAUUUUAGAAUAUAACUAAUAGUUUUUACUAUUUUUAGCUAAGAAUUGUUUUAUCACCAUUUAAUUAAUCUAAACGAUAUUCACG